AAAAAAAAGGAAAACGAAAUGAUCUACAAGCUACAAAAUUGCCGGACAAUCGGCGCCGCCGUGCGCCGCCUACGGGCCACCGAAUCCCUCCCACAUCUCCGUGACCGCUCCUUACACAACGGACCCGACACGAUUGACGAACUAUUCGACCGACACCUGGUCAAGAGCGAAACGAAGCACCAACUCGAUGACGACGAAAACGAGUUCCUAACUCGGCAGCGACUCACCAGCACUCGGCGCGAGGCGUUGAGCCUGUACCGAGACAUCAUCCGGGCGACCGGGUUCUUCGUGUGGCCCGAUUCACGAGGCGUCCUGUGGCGUGACGUGUUGAGGGAAAAUGCCCGAAAGGAAUUCGAGGAUGCCCGCUUUGAAAAGGACCCGGAAAUCGUAACCCGGCUGCUCAUCGGAGGGCGUGAGGCGGUGCAGUCGGCGCUCGAUAAGCUCGUGGAGAAGCAGAAGCAGCAAAUUGAGAAGGAAAGAAACGAAUCGCAUCGGCCGUGAUAAAAUGCGGUUUACCAAAGGAGUGACUGAGGACAUGACGAAUGCAGUUUAUUGCCCUCGUUUAUACAGCUUAUGUGCGUCGGAUAAGUCGGAUAAUUCUUUUCGUACUUGGAAGCACAACACAUUGGCAUAAAAAAAUUCUCGAUCGGUGAAGAAGAGUGCUACUGCUGUAGUUUGUAUGUAAAUUAGUUAUUUAAUAGGCAGUUUUUAUGGUUUAAUAAUCACCUUAACCGGUCUAAAUUUCGUACCUUUUGUUCCUCAAUGUUGUAUUUGUUUAAAUCAACUAUGAAAGGGUGAAAUUGUAACUUAAAUUCUUUGUUCCACAUAUUUUGCAGUGUUAUGUUCUUGUUUCUCAUCAUCAAAUACAAGAAUAUUUUGUACACAAU